GCCCAGGUGAAGACGUGGAAUUGCUCAACGAACAACUACUCUAGCAAAAGUCAAUUAAUAAGGCGAAACCCACAACGCUGCAAUUUUCAAUUUUUUAAAAGCCAGGUGAAAACGAUGGCUUCCUUCGUUAUCGUCACCCCCCACUCUCUCUCUACCUUCCCAGCAGUUGCAGUGGCAGACCCAGUCAAUCAAUUGCCAACUCCUUUCAUGCUUUUCCAUUUCUCCUUUUCUUUUUCUUCCCCCAGGAGAAACACAUCAGAUACAGAGAGAAUCAGAUACCCACUCCCAGCUUCCUCCGCCUCUCUCUCCUCAAGUUUCAGUUAGUUCAGAUAUUUUCUAGUGCUGGGCUUACAAAACUUGUUCGGGAAUAUUUCUGGUCUAUUCCCAGGCGUUCAGAUGUUACGGCCAAGGGUUUGGUUCUUCGGAGCCACUUUUGUUGUGUGGCUCAGUUGGUAUUGUCUGCUUAUUGGGGUGGAUGGCCAGGUUACUCACCCUACUGAAGUUGCAGCAUUGCGUGCCAUUAAGAAAAGUUUGAUCGACACAAAUCGCAAUUUGACCAAUUGGAAUCGAGGAGAUCCAUGUACGUCAAAUUGGACUGGGGUUUUGUGCUUCAAUACUUCAAUGGAUGAUGGCUAUCUACAUCUCCGAGAAUUGAACCUAAUGAAUAUGAAACUGUCAGGAAGUUUAUCUCCAGAGCUCGGCAGCUUUUCUCAUAUGAUAAUAUUGGAUGUUAUGUGGAACAAGAUAACUGGGAGUAUACCAAAGGAGAUUGGCAAUAUCAAAUCUUUAGAACUCUUGCUCUUGAAUGGAAAUAAUCUCACUGGUUCUUUGCCUGAAGAGCUUGGUUAUCUUCCAAAUUUAGAUAGAAUUCAGAUUGACCAGAACCAAAUUUCUGGGCCAAUACCUAAGUCCUUUGCGAACUUGAAUAAAACUAAGCACUUUCACAUGAACAACAAUUCCCUCAGUGGGCAUAUCCCUCCAGAACUUUCUGUACUGCCAAGUCUUGUUCACAUGCUACUGGACAACAAUAACUUGUCAGGCUAUCUUCCACCAGAGCUUGCCAAACUGCCGAGUCUACUAAUACUUCAACUUGAUAAUAACCAUUUUGAUGGGACGAUACCACCUUCAUAUGGGAACAUGUCUCAUUUGUUGAAGUUGAGUCUGAGGAACUGUGGCUUGCAAGGACCUAUCCCUGACCUGAGCAGAAUCUCAAAUCUUUCAUACAUUGAUCUCAGUUCAAACCAGCUUAGUGGACUGAUACCACCUGACAAGCUUCACGAGUAUAUGACAACUAUUGAUUUAUCGAACAAUAAUCUAUCCGGAACUAUUCCUGCCAACUUUUCGGGCCUUCCUCGACUUCAGAGACUGUACCUUGCGAACAAUGCGCUAAAUGGUUCUGUCCCAUCUGUAUUAUGGCAAAAUAAGACUUCUAACGAGACACUCAUUCUGGAUUUUCAGAACAAUGAGCUUUCAAAUAUUUCGGGCAGUAUUGACCUUCCUCCAAACGUCACUGUUAGGCUUCAAGGAAAUCCUCUAUGCUCAAGUGCCAACCUGGCCCAGUUCUGUGGAGCUAUUAGUCCAUAUAUCAGUAGUUUUGUGAGCUCAAUAGACUCCAAUAGCAGUUGUCCAGUGCAAUCAUGCCCUUACCCUCUUGAGUAUGCCCCAGCAUCUCCGGUACCAUGCUACUGUGCUGCACCUCUGUUUGUUGGAUAUCGGUUGAAAAGCCCCGGGUUCAUUGAUUUUCUGCCAUACACGUACGAAUUUGAGGGUUACCUAACCUCUGGUCUUAAGUUGGAGUUAUAUCAGCUCAAUCUUUCUUCAUUCAUUUGGCAAGAUGGCCCUCGGCUGAAGAUGUUCUUGAAGAUUUUUCCUAAUUACAUUGAUAACAACUCUUCUUACUUCAAUGGGAGCGAGGUUCUACGAAUUCGGAGCAUGUUUACAGGAUGGAUGAUUCCUGAUAGUGACAUCUUUGGACCUUAUGAGCUUCUCAACUUUACUCUUUGGGGCCCUUAUGCAGAAUAUCUCCCUUCUUCUUCAGGAUCUGGUAUUAGCAAGGGUGCAGUGGCUGGCAUUGUGGUAGGAACAGUUGCAGGUUCAGUUAUACUAUCUGCAAUUGUUUCAAUUCUUAUAUUCAGACGGCACGUAAAGAAACGCUAUGCAGCUAUAAAAACUCGUCGAAUGUCUAGGACCUCCAUCAAAAUUGAUGGUGUCAAAGGCUUCACUUAUGAAGAAAUGGCGCUGGCAACUAGCAAUUUUAAUGCUCAAAUUGGACAAGGAGGGUAUGGGAAGGUAUAUAAAGGUAUUCUAGCUAAUGGCACAGCUGUAGCCAUAAAACGUGCACAGGAAGGGUCAUUGCAGGGAGAAAAGGAGUUUCUCACUGAAAUAGAGCUUUUAUCGAGGCUACAUCAUCGGAACCUUGUGUCUUUGAUUGGAUACUGUGAUGAGGAAGGCGAACAGAUGUUGGUUUAUGAAUUCAUGCCCAACGGCACCCUGAGGGAUCACUUAUCUGGUAAGUCCAAAGAGUCCCUGGGUUUUGCUAUGAGAUUGAGAAUUGCAGUAGGUUCAGCCAAGGGAAUCCUCUACCUACACACAGAGGCUGAUCCUCCAAUAUUUCACCGAGAUAUCAAGGCCAGCAACAUAUUGUUGGAUUCUAAAUUUAAUGCAAAGGUUGCUGAUUUUGGACUUUCACGACUAGCCCCUGUUCCCGAUAUUGAAGGGAUUGUGCCUGCUCAUGUAUCUACUGUUGUUAAGGGGACUCCGGGCUACCUUGAUCCAGAGUACUUCCUCACGCAUAAACUGACCGAUAAAAGUGAUGUUUAUAGCCUCGGAGUUGUGUUUCUAGAGCUCUUGACAGGAAUGCAACCAAUCUCACAUGGCAAGAACAUUGUGCGCGAGGUAACCAUUGCACAUCAGUCUGGAAUGAUCUUCUCAGUCAUUGAUGAACGAAUGGGAUCCUACCCAUCUGAGUGCGUUGAGAAGUUCAUAAGCUUGGCUCUUAAGUGCUGCCAAGAAGAGACGGACGCCCGCCCUUCAAUGGCGCAGGUGGUCCGGGAACUGGAAACCAUAUGGUCUAUGAUGCCAGAUUUGGAUACCGGAACCACCGACUCCUCAGCCACUGAUCCUAAGAAGGGUGUGAGCCCUCCGUCUUCUUCCUCUGAUGUGAAGAAUCCUUAUGUAUCUGCAGAUGUCUCUGGCAGUGACCUUAUCAGUGGAGUUAUCCCCACCAUUACACCUAGGUGAUCAUAUACAUAUAUAUGUAUAUAGUUUCCCUUCUGGAGAAGACAGCAGCAGGGUCCUGGCGAGUCUUGUAUGGUUAACAUGUUUUCUCAUUUUUUAUUUGUAAGAUGUGUGUUAGGCUUGCCAUUUCACAUUUGGUUGGGUUGCUGUCAAUACCAUAAGAGUGUUGAAUGUAGUCAGUCAGUCACAUUGGUUUUCUUAUAUAUAUAUAUAUGAUCUGGUCUGCCCCAUUGUUUAUCCA